AUGGAGAACCCACAGCUCAAGGCGACGAUGCAGAGCAUCAUGGAGGAUACGGACAUCCCCCCGAACAAGCGGCUCGACAAGCUGACGGCAUUGUUGAAGGAACAUGCAUUGGCCUACUCGACGAUGCUAACCCCCGGUGAUAUGCUCGUUCACCCGCACAACCGCGGCGGAGCGAUGCUUUCUCCGUUAGACGUCCACGAUAAAGGCCAAAAGAUCGUGGACUUGGGCUUUCGCCGGAGCUUGUUGACAGACAGCCUGGCCUUCGAGCUGAGCCCCCUUGAGGCCGUGAAGGCGUCCAAGCCCGCUUGUCAGUCGUACAUGGAUCACGUCGGCCUCUAUGUUCAGAAGUUUGGAGGGGGACCGGGAUUUCCUCUCGUCUCCUUCUUGUCGGGGUUCUGCAAGGAACUCUCGAUCACCGUCGCUGUGGGUGAAGAGCUGUUCAAGGCCGUGUGUUCCUGGGACCUGCAGGAGCCCAGUACCCAGUUCCCCUUCCUUCGUGCUGGGCUGUUGGCAUGCCAACUCACGAGCCCAAAAAUUGUGGACGGAACGGCCCGAUUGCUUGUCAAGGCGGAUCUGGACCGGCUGAAGGGUGCCAAUCUUCGUCAGAAGCUCUUGCAGGCCGAGGAGAUCUUGGCGCACGGGUACCAGGUCUAUGUGGACUCCGGUAAGACGACCGAGGUUCAACGAGCCUUGGGUUUGAUGAUGGUUCGCCUGAGCUUGCUCUUGACCAAAAAAGAGAAGCUGGGCCGCGAGAAGAUGGAUGUCUAUCAGAGCCCAGAGCACGUGGCCCAGCUCUUUGCCAAGGAAGCCAUGGGCCGUGCACCCUCUGGAUCUGGAAGUCGGAGCGAUGCGAAGGACCAAGAGGAUGAGCAGAAGCCCUUGAACCUCUUGGGUGGCUUGAGUGUCGGCGAGCAGGCUUUGUUGCAGAACAAGCACUUGAGCAAGGGAGGCAAGUACAUGCACACGGACUACCCUGACAAGGUCUUUGUUUUCACGGGUCUCGAGAAUGACGAGGCCCAAUUCGUGCACACCCCCCUCUAUGGCUCCCCGGAAACCGUUUUGGUGCCCCCCAACCUUUUCAAGAAGUGGAAGGCCACCAGGGUGGCGGUUCCCAGGAUUUUCUCGCAGGAUGUGGCCGACGGCUUCAUGUACGGGAAAUCUUCCGUGUUGGCUGAGGCCGAGUUGCUCGCCGAGGCUCAGCAGAUGCUCUUCACACUCUACAAGGCUCACAACUCGGGCGACUCGGGGAACUUGGACAUCGUCAGCCCCACUGCCCUCUACACCUCAGGCAACUUCCCAGUUCAGAAGCUCAAGCUCCUCCCCCUGGCAAGCUUGUCCAAGCCCAAAGAUGAGUCCAAACUCACCUUGUAUGUGGAAUGGAAAGGUGCCAAGUAUCAGCUGAGCCCUUGGCCCCAGGUCAAAGACUUUGACGAGUUCCUAGCCUGGAAUUUCAGAGACAUGGGAUUCAGGCCGAAGGCGACGGAAAUCAUCGUGCCCUUCUUCUGGGUGAAAACGACUGGCAAGGAGGAUGAGGUCAGCAUGAACAUUGUUUGGAAAACCAUGGAAGGGAUGAAAGUCCCUGUGCUUAUGAACACGAAGAAGCUGAGCGCCCAGACUUUGUUGCUUCAGCCGACGAAGGAGUUGCUGGACAAGGGCUCCAGCAGCAGCAAGAAGAGGAAGACCAUGGUCACCAUCGGCACUUCCACAAGCAUUACAUGGCAGAAUCGCACGGUGGCGGUGCCGAACGACUUGCUCGUGGAGAUCGGCGGAACAAAAUACCUGAAGAUCCAGCCUUCAAACAGAAUCAUGAUGAAGUUGUUGUUGGGUUCGAGAACAGCAGGCAGUCUCACAUCCUCGCCUGGCUUGCAGAAGCUCAAAGAAGCCAGAGAGGAAGCCCUUGCUGAGUCCUUCAAGAAGGAUGAUGCUAAGAAGAGUGGAGCAGGUGACUUGUUCCCCGAUGCCAAGAAAACAAAAGUCAAGGUAACCUGCCCCACAGUGGACUUUGUUUUGGUGGACGGCAUCCAGAUAGGGGUCCAAUCCAAACACAGAAGCUCCAUGGACUUGUUGAUUUUGCUCGAGCCCGACAGCUUGGAGCAGGUCUUCAAAAGGAUCACUGAGGAUGCGGAUCCGGACGACAAGAGGAUCUACAAGAAACGGAAGGUUGCCGAGAAGAAAGAGAAGUCGGAGGACAGCAAGGAAGACGAAGAGUGA